GCCUAACUAAAGAAGAAGAAAAAUGCAGCUCAAUUUCAACUCUUAACACCUAGCAUCACUUACUCCCUCAUUAAUUGUCCCAACUUUCUGUUUUACAACAUCCUUUCUUUCUUUUAUAUAAAUCACUUUUCCUCACUCUUCUUGCUCAGAAACAAACAACUCUCUUAAAUCUCUUCACCCUCUAUCACAGCCAAUCUCUUCUUAAUAACCCUUCACUUCUCUGCCUAAUUAUUGUUCAUUACACAUUUAAACUAUAUUUUAACACCAUUUGAUAAACCAAUCUCCUCCCACCUUAAACCAGAAAUUUACGUACAUGCAUUCAAACUUGAACGUCAAUUAUUGUUUGUCGAUCAAAACCUACGACAACCUUGUUUCCACCGUGAAACUUUCACUGUGUUAGAAGUACUUCCAACUAAUAAUAAUAAAGCUGUAUUUCGGUUAUUGGGUCCCACAAAGCACAUGGAUGCAUCAAAUGCUUUAAUGAUCUUAACCGCUAUAGCGGCGUAUUUAAUAUGGUUUUCAUUCAUCACACGUUCACUUAAAGGUCCACGUGUCUGGCCCUUAUUGGGUAGUUUACCUGGUCUCAUCCACCAUGCAAACCGCAUGCACGACUGGAUCGCUGAUAAUCUCCGCGCGUGUGGCGGCACGUACCAAACAUGCAUCUGCGCCGUUCCUUUCCUCGCCAGAAAACAGUGUCUCGUGACUGUCACGUGUGAUCCAAAGAACCUCGAACACAUCCUCAAACUCCGGUUCGACAAUUACCCAAAAGGUCCAACAUGGCAGUCAGUGUUUCAUGACUUACUCGGAGAAGGUAUAUUUAACUCAGAUGGUGACAUGUGGCUGUUCCAGCGUAAAACCGCAGCACUAGAGUUCACCACUCGUACCCUACGACAAGCCAUGGCUCGAUGGGUUAGCCGAGCCAUAAAGUAUAGAUUCUGUCCAAUUUUAGCGACGGCACAAGAAGAAAAAAACCCGGUUGAUCUUCAAGACCUUCUCCUACGCCUCACUUUCGACAACAUAUGUGGCUUGGCUUUCGGUCAAGAUCCACAAACACUGUCUGUGGGUCUUCCCGAAAAUGAUUUCGCGCUUUCUUUUGAUCGCGCCACUGAAGCCACACUCCACCGAUUCAUAUUACCUGAGAUUGUUUGGAAGCUGAAGAAAAUGUUCCGCUUAGGAAUGGAAGUGAGCUUAAGCCGAAGUCUUAAACAUAUCCACAAAUAUCUCUCUAACAUCAUUCAACACCGAAAAUUUGAACUAGAGAGUGGAAGUGGGGCUCUAAACGACGAUUUGCUCUCGCGUUUCAUGAAGAAAAAAGAAAAAUAUUCUGAAGAGUUUCUUCAACAUGUGGCUCUUAAUUUCAUACUUGCUGGACGUGACACAUCAUCCGUGGCUCUAAGCUGGUUUUUCUGGCUCUGUAUGAAAAAUCCAGAAGUAGAGGAAAAAAUUCUGAUAGAACUCUGCACCGUUUUGAUGGAGACACGUGGCGGUGAUCUUUCAAAAUGGACAGAUGAACCUCUUGCUUUUGAGGAAGUUGAUCGUUUGGUUUAUCUAAAAGCUGCAUUGUCCGAGACUUUACGACUUUACCCUUCCGUGCCGCAGGAUUCAAAGCAUGUGGUGAAUGACGAUGUUUUACCAAACGGAACAUUUGUUCCGGCUGGUUCUAUGGUGACAUAUUCGAUUUACUCGGUUGGGAGGAUGAAGUUCAUUUGGGGAGAAGAUUGUCUUGAGUUUAAACCUGAACGAUGGUUUUCAACCGACGGUGAAAAGAUGCAGAGUUCUUACAAGUUUGUUUCGUUUAAUGCGGGGCCAAGGAUUUGUUUGGGGAAGGAUUUAGCUUAUUUGCAGAUGAAGUCCAUUGCUGCUGCUGUGCUUCUGCGCCAUCGUCUCGAGGUUGUGCCGGGGCACUGCGUUGAACAGAAGAUGUCGUUGACGUUGUUCAUGAAGUAUGGACUGAAGGUGAAUGUACACCCUAGGGAUCUCACGCCAGUGCUGGAAAAGAUAACAAGCAAGUAAUGGUUGACGGGUUGAAGACUUGUGCAAUAGUGAGUAAAUUAAACAAUGCUGGUACAUCAUCAAUUUUUAAUAAAAAAUAUAUAUAAUAUUGAUGUUGCAAUAAAAUAUAGUUAUUUUACUUCUUAUAGAAAUCUAAUUUUAUCAGGCACAAAUAGAAUAGUCUUGUAUUGUGCAAAGUUUUUGUUGACAUCAUAUUAGGGGAAUCUAUUUAAAAAACUUAAACCAUAUAGACUAUAUGAUGUUCUAAAAUUAUAAUGAUUAUAUGAUGUUAGUUUA